AUUUUUUGCAGAAUUUUUUGAAUUAAAAUUUAAUGGAACAGUCUGGAAGGGCCAAAGGUAGGCAAAUCCGGGAAAUGAGUGAUAGUGAAGAUGAAAAUAGUGAGGACCAUCACAAAAGAAGCGCAAGGAAUAAACAAGAAAGCCCCUCAAGGAGCAUCUCUGAUCCCUCUGACUCCCCAGAUGAGAACGCUGAUGACAGCCGUAGCUCAAACCAAUCCGCCUCAGAUUCUGAGACGGAAGAAGACGAAGCUAAUCUAAGUGAUGAGAGUAAGGAGGAAGAUCAGCCAGGUGUCUACGGUAUGCCUACUUCCGAUAUCAAUAAACCGAACGAAUUGGAAGAGCGGAGAGUUGCAAAGAGAACGACUGAUUUAGAAAACCUCUAUGCGCUUCUGCCUGAUGUUGAAGCAGACGUAGUAGAGAUCCAUUAUGACCAAUUUGAUGGCAAUGCUGAUCGAACUUAUAACUACCUUAACAAGAAGUUUAACGGCAUAAGUGAUAAUCCUAUGAUGGCCUUGGCUCUAGCACAAAGUCCAAAUCUAGGAGACUCUAAUGACUUACCUCCAAGGUCUAUUUACUACAGGCCUGCUCCCCAGCCAGAUAUGGAUAAGGUGCAGGUUAAUACUUCGAAUCUACCUGCUGAAGAGAAGAAGAUGAUCAAGCAGGCACUACAGGAAGAGAAGAAGAAAAAUGCUAAAAAGAUGAAAUCAGCGAAGAAGGUUGGCUUCUGAGGCUGAUUUACCUAA